GUUUUCGAUUUAUCAAGCCGCAUAUAUUUUAAUAAUUUCAAGUGAAAUAUGGUGAAAGUUGCCAAAGCGCGCAGCAAGGAGCGCGCCAUGCGCAGCGACAAUGAUAUGGCGGCCCAAAGCAGCGAUGACGACACCAAAUCGAAGUUAGCUAAAUCAAAGACAAUCAAUAGGCAUUCAGAAGCCGUAAAUCGCAAAUCGAGCAAAACGCGCAAGCGAAAAAUAGCACGCGAUAGCUCCAGCUCCAGCUCCUCCUCCAGCGGCAGCGACAGCAGCAGCAGCAGUAGCAGCAGCAGCAAUAGUCGCAGCAGCGACAGCAGCGAGGCUUCCAAGUCCGUCGGUGACAACAAACGCGCCAAAAAGACGAAAGCUGUCAAAGACGCAACGCCCAAACGAGAAAGAGCACAGCAGCAGCAACGGGAGCCUGCAACCGUGGAGAGCAAAGUGCAAGAACAGCGCUCCAAAUGGGACAGUCCUGAACGCAGCGGCGCCAACCAGCGACACGGUUCCGGCAAAAACACAAACAAAGCCCGCAAAAGAAGCCGCAGUCGCGAACGUGAGCGAGAGCGAGAGCGGGAGCGGGAACGCGAGAGGGACAGAGACAGGGAGCGGGAUCGUGAACGUGAACGUGACAAUCAAGUGCGUCGCGGACGCGAAAGGGAACGUGAACGCGAUAGAGAUCUAGAGCGCGGCAAGGAUCGCCGCCAGCAUCAGCAGCAGCAGCAGCAGCAGCGUAUGCGCAGCAACGAGCGUCGGGAGCGACCACGUCGUUCGCCCGUCGAUUCACAUCGGCGCAGCAGAAGCCACAGCCGCAGUCCACGGGAACGUUCCUACAGAGGCGGCGGCGGACCACGUCGUCACCAGCAGCAGCGUCGCAAUGACCAUCGCAACCGGGACGAGGAGCACUUUGAGUGGGGCAAGCCAAAUGACAAGGACAAGCCGCCGGCGUCCAAUGACGAUGAGCCGCUCGACAAGGAGAAACCCAAUUUUGGACUGAGUGGUGCCCUUACCGAGGACACCAACAAAGUGAACGGCGUUGUUGUCAAAUACUCGGAGCCACCGGAGGCGCGCAAGCCCAAACGCCGCUGGCGUCUGUAUCCCUUCAAGGGUGAGACGGCGCUGCCGACGCUGCACAUACAUCGACAGAGCUGUUUUCUGGUUGGACGCGAUCGCAAAGUGGUCGACCUGGCGGUCGAUCAUCCCAGUUGCUCCAAGCAGCACGCAGCACUCCAAUACCGUCUGGUGCCCUUCGCACGCGAUGACGGCAGCCAGGGCAAACGGGUGCGUUUAUAUCUAAUCGAUUUGGAGUCGGCGAACGGCACGUUUCUCAACAACAAGAAAAUCGAUGGACGCAAAUACUAUGAACUGAUGGAGAAGGAUGUCAUCAAGUUUGGCUUUAGCUCGCGCGAAUAUGUGCUGCUGCAUGAGAACAGCAAGGAGGACCAGGAAGAUGACGAUGUGCAUAUCAAAGACGAGCCGGCCGAGUCAUCCGACCCAGCCGAGCAGGCCAAUGCGCAAAUAUGAAAGAGAGGCC